GAUCACCUCAUAAAACCCUCACCACAUCAAGAGAUGCGAUGAUGUCUAUUUUUGCAACUAGGGAAAAUGAGGGUAGGCAAACCCAGAGGCUCCAGGAAACCACCGAUCUUGUCUGUAAGCUCACCACUGCAUACCAGCACCUAGCACAACGCCUAGCACGAGGUAAAUUGCUCAAUAAAUGGAGGUUGGUCGAAUAAGAUACAAGGAAGUCAAGCAAUUGUCCUAGGUAAGUAAUUGUCCUUACACAGUACGUGGUCUGAGUCUAACGCACAUAGCUCAGAAUCCAGACUUAAAUUUACUCCCUUUCCUCACAAUUAGUGGUGGUCCCAUGACCCAAGGUCCGCGUACCACUCAAACAGGAAUCCUGAUAUCCACGUUUCCUCAUUCUCCACAGUGCUGAUUCCUAGGCAAUUCCUCAGCUCCCAGUUCCCACGGGCAGGCUCCUGGAGUCCCCACUCCCGCCCCCAGACCCCAGUUGUCGGGAAUCCAAGUUCCACAUCCUCAGCGGGUGACCCGGACGGGCCCCUCAUUCAGAACGGAAAGUGGACCUCGGUCUCGAUCCCCCUUCACGGGCCCCGACUCCCGCUGCCAGGACAGGCCGUGGCGCCCGCCCCCACCCCCACGGCUCCUUACGAAGCUAAGUGUGGAGCCCGGACCGCCCUUCCUCUUCGGAUCCCCGGGGCCAGCGGCGGCGGCCGACUGGUCGGGUCGCUGCGGACCCGGGGGCGGCUCCUCCUGCCGCUGCCGCUGCUCCUCCUCCAUCUUCCGCUUGAACAGCUCCAGGAAGCUGCCGUCGUUGGCGAACAAGUUCACGCCGCCCGACACCGGGCUCGAACCCGCGCCCGACACCUCCUCGUCCCCGCUCUCGGGCGACGUCCCCGGUCCCGACUCAGCCCAACGGCUCCCGCCACCGCCACCGCCCGCGGGGCCCGGCGCCUCCCGGCCCGGAGGCUCCGCCCGUCUCCCUCGGGCAGCCAUUUUGUCGCCAGGUGCCGCGCAAAGGACUCUGGGAAGGCCGCUCCGGCCCCGCGCUUGGCGCCCGACUCGCCUCGUCCCGAACAAUGCAUGCCGGGAAGAGAGGCUGGAGUGCAAUGGCGCGAUCUCGGCUCACCGCAACCUCCACCUCCCAGGUGCUUCGUAUGGUGCGCUCCGCUGGAUCACGUGAGCCAGUUCCAAAAUGGCGGCAGGGGUGGCCGGGUGGGGGGUUGAGGCAGAGGAGUUCGAAGAUGCGCCUGAUGUGGAGCCGCUGGAGCCUACACUUAGCAACAUCAUCGAGCAGCGCAGCCUGAAGUGGAUCUUCGUCGGGGGCAAGGGUGGUGUGGGCAAGACCACCUGCAGCUGCAGCCUGGCAGUCCAGCUCUCCAAGGGGCGUGAGAGUGUUCUGAUCAUCUCCACAGACCCAGCUCACAACAUCUCAGAUGCUUUUGACCAGAAGUUCUCAAAGGUGCCUACCAAGGUCAAAGGCUAUGACAACCUCUUUGCUAUGGAGAUUGACCCCAGCCUGGGCGUGGCAGAGCUGCCUGACGAGUUCUUCGAGGAGGACAACAUGCUGAGCAUGGGCAAGAAGAUGAUGCAGGAGGCCAUGAGCGCAUUUCCCGGCAUCGAUGAGGCCAUGAGCUAUGCCGAGGUCAUGAGGCUGGUGAAGGGCAUGAACUUCUCGGUGGUGGUAUUUGACACGGCACCCACGGGCCACACACUGAGGCUGCUCAACUUCCCCACCAUCGUGGAGCGGGGCCUGGGCCGGCUUAUGCAGAUCAAGAACCAGAUCAGCCCUUUCAUCUCACAGAUGUGCAACAUGCUGGGCCUGGGGGACAUGAACGCAGACCAGCUGGCCUCCAAGCUGGAGGAGACGCUGCCCGUCAUCCGCUCAGUCAGCGAACAGUUCAAGGACCCUGAGCAGACAACUUUCAUCUGCGUAUGCAUUGCUGAGUUCCUGUCCCUGUAUGAGACAGAGAGGCUGAUCCAGGAGCUGGCCAAGUGCAAGAUUGACACGCACAAUAUCAUUGUCAACCAGCUCGUCUUCCCUGACCCCGAGAAGCCCUGCAAGAUGUGUGAGGCCCGCCACAAGAUCCAGGCCAAGUAUCUGGACCAGAUGGAGGACCUGUAUGAAGACUUCCACAUCGUGAAGCUGCCGCUGUUACCCCAUGAGGUGCGGGGGGCAGACAAGGUCAACACCUUCUCGGCCCUCCUCCUGGAGCCCUACAAGCCCCCCAGUGCCCAGUAGCACAGCUGCCAGCCCCAACUGCUGCCAUUUCACACUCACCCUCCACCCUCCCCACCCCUCGGGGCAGAGUUUGCACAAAGUCCCCCCGAUAAUACAGGGGGAGCCACUUGGGCAGGAGGCAGGGAGGGGUCCAUUCCCCCUGGUGGGGCUGAUGGGGAGCUGUAGUUGCCCCCUACCUCUCCCACCUCUUGCUCUUCAAUAAAAUGAUCUUAAACUGC